AUGAAUGGCCUUUUAGGAGAUGACAAACUGGACCACAAGACAGAGAUCCAGAUGGCUGCAAUUCUCCGCUUUGUCCUCAAUAAUGAGGACAGCCUUUACCUGAGUGACAACUUGGAGAAGUUCCUCAAAAAACCAUUUGACUUUAAUUUGUCAAGCAUAUCCAGCGUAUCCAGUUUCAGCGAUGACUCCCCCGUCUUCUUCAGGAGACGCAUACCAGAGGUUCAAUUCUUAGAGCUUACAACUGUGGCAUCCAACUCAGUUGGGUCCCCCAUCCAGGACGUCCUUAAUACGCCCCAGUUCCAGCUGAGGAAGCUGCGCAGACAGCUGGCCCAGGAGCAGGACGUGAGGGAUGAGCUUGAGCGAGAGCUGGCUAACAACAGCCAGCUAAUCACAGAGAGAGAAACUCAGAUUUCCCAGCUGCAGCACAGAGUUCAGAGGCUGAUGAGGGACCAUGCAGAGCAAGAGCAGGACCCCAGGGAGCUGGAGGAACUCCAGAAUAAAAACGAAGGAUUACUGAAACGUUUGCACGAGGUCCUAAAGCAGUGCCAGGACUUAAAAACCAACAAGGGUCAAAUGGAAAGGAAGAUUGACCAGCUGACUGAGGAAAAUGGGAAUCUCUCUGCCCAGAUUAGAGACAUUUUUGCUCGCUUGGCAAGUGCGCAUUCAAUGGUGGACAGUCUGACUGAGGAACAGAAGACAUCUCAGACAGACUGGGAGAGCAAGAAGACGUUCCUUGAGGCUGAACUUAGCCGGGCUGUCUCUGAAAAGGAGUGCUUGAGUGAACAAAUUCAGAUUCUGCAGGGGAAAAUCUCCAUUCUGGAAGAUGAGCUAAGAAAAGCACAAACCCAAACUAAGGAGGAAGGAGAAGUCAUGGGACCCAUAAUGGAGUGGGAAAGGCUACACCAUGAGAUUUCUGAAUUGAAGUGCAAAGUCUCACAACUUCAGGAGAGCAUCAUCCAGCUGGAGCAGGAAAAAGCAGAAAUCCAAAUGAUGCGUGAGACUGAGAAAACCAAAAAUGAGAAUGAGAUCAUUCGUUUUCAAGGGCUCAUAUCUGAACUACAACAAGCCCUGCAUACUCUUCAGAGUGAGAAGGAGGCCCUAGAGCAGACCUCCAGAGAACAGUGGGCAGCCAUGACUGCCCAGAUUGAGGCCCUGAAUUCUGAGAUUGCUUGUCUGUCUGAAACGGUUCAGCAGAGGGAGAUGGCAGUGACAUCACUUGGCCAGAAGGUGGCUGAGGAGCAAAGAAAGAGAGGAGAGCUGACAAAGGAGAUGGAGAAGCAAGAGCAGACAGCUUGGGACACAAUCCAGGGACUGAACCAGCAAGUGAACCAUCUCGGAAGUGUCAUAAAAGCAAAGGAAGAGGAAGCCCUCUCCAAUGCUAUGGAAUGGGAACGAGACAGGGAGGAGAGCUUCCGCCAGCAAGCAACGCUGAUAGAGGCAUCGGAAAAUGCCACCAGGGAAAGGGAUGCCAUUUUGGUGGAAUACCAUCAGUUCCGCCAGGAGAAAGAUGAUGAAAUCAGCAACUUGAUCCAAAAGGUUCAGCAACUGGAACAGCAGUGGGAGGUAGAGCUGUCUCUCUCAUCCAAGCUAAAGAAUGAGAGAGAAGGGCUGGAGCUGAAGUUGACAACUUUGGAAUCUGCCAUCAGGGACCUUCAGAAUGAUCUGGAAGUGGAGAGCAGAAAACAUAAAGAAACUCUUGCAGCCAAGCUCCAAAAGGAUUCCCAAAUGGCAGAGGAGAUCUUGAAACUGGGAAACAGGAUCCAGCAGUUGCUGACAGAGAUCAACGUUAUGGGGGAAGAGCUUAAUAAAUCACGACAGGAGAAACUCCACGCUGAAUCCUCUGUGGAAAAGCUAACAAAGGAACACAGUGAGGUGACAAUCACACUUGCUACUGAACGUGAUCAUAUUCUUCUUAAAGUAAAGGAAAGGGAGGUUGAGGUUGAGAGGCUGAGUUCAGAGAUUGAAGCUCUUGCCAAAAAACUGGCCCUAACAGAAGAUGCCAAAGCCAAGGAAAUUGCUGAGAAAAGGGAAGAAAUACAAAAGCUGCUGAAGGAGUUGGAGGAGGUUCUAGCAGAACUGGAGGCUGUGAAAAUGGCAAAAGAAGCUAUGGAGGCUCGUCUUCAUUCCAGUAUUGAAAAACAUCAGAAAGAACUCAGUAUAUUGCAUGCUGAGUUGGAAGAUAUGCAAGGAUCAGUGAGGCAGAAGGAAACUGAACUGGAACUCUUGCAGAAUGAGAUGUCCCUCAAAGAGAGAGAAAUGAAAACCCAACAGGAGUAUGUGCUCCGUCUUGAAAAUGAAACUGCUGAAUUGGACGUACUGCAUAAAAACCUGGCAGAGGAAGAGAGGAAGUCUUCAAUGUUUAAACAAGAGGCUGAGUCAAAAGAUGCAGAAGCACAGCUCUUGAGGACCGCAUUAGCUGCAAAAGAGGAUGAGAUCAAGUCUCUUCUGCAUAACAUCCAAGCUAUGGAAGAAAGAGCCUCUGCUCUGCAUGACAUUCAGGACAGGAAGGCAGAAGAGUUUAAGCAGUCUAUCUCUGUACUUGAACUUCAGCUUGCUGAGGCUCAAGCACAGCUGGCGGAAAAGGUCACAGCCUUAGAAACACAGUCCCAAAACAUGUUGAGUCUGCAGGAAGAGCUGUCCCUUGAACAAGCACAGGUUGCUUCCUUGGCGCAGAGUCUGAAGGCUUCUGAAUCUUCCCUCAGAGAUCUGAAGAUGCAGGAAGAAGUCCUAAGAGAGGAAGCAAGGGUUUACCAAGAAGAGCUCAAAAAGCAAAGGGGAGACUUUGAGGAACUACAGCAGGAGGUCUUGAUGAUCCAGGAAGAGAAGAGAGAGAGCGAGAGUAAGGUGGUUGCCGCUGCAGAAAGGAUUGAACAGCUGGAGGCUGAAGUUCAUGCCAUUUCAUCUCUGGCCACAGAAAGGGAAGUCAGUCUUGAAAACUUAAUGAAGGAAUUCAGCACUGUGACAUCUGAGAUCAAGCUCUUACAGGAGCGUGAUAUUGAGAAAACCAAACUAGCUAAUACAGAGUGCAAAAGACAGGAGGAAACCAUUGAGAAGCUUCACAGAGACAUCCUCUCUGCUUCUACUCUUGCCACAGAAAGGCAACAGGAAGCUGAGAUGCUGCACAUGGAAGUGUCAUCCUUGAAGAAAGAAUUAGAAAAACACUUGGAGAAAGAUCUCCUUAAGAGCCAAGAGACAAAUGUACUAGAGUCUCAAUUGAAGGAACUGGAGCAGAAAGUUGCCCAACUUCAGACUCAGGUUCUUGAGGCCUCUAGCCUUUCUUCAAAGAGAGAAUCUGAGCUUCAUUCUUUACAAAAUGAAGUGAAAGAAAAAGACAACCUGAGACUCCAAGCGGCUGAAAUGGAAGAAUCUCAGCGGAAGGAAUUGGAGCAGAAGGUUGCCCAACUUCAGGCCCAAGUUCUUGAGGCCACUACCCUUGCUUCCAAGAGAGAAUCUGAGCUUCAUUCACUACAAAAUGACGUUGAAGAAAAAGACAACCUGAGACUCCAAGCGGCUGAAUUGGAAGAAUCUCAGCAGAAGGCAUUGGAGCAGAAGGUUUCCCAACUUCAGGCCCAAGUUCUUGAGGCCACUACCCUUGCUUCCAAGAGAGAAUCUGAGCUUCAUUCCCUACAAAAUGAAGUGAAAGAAAAAGACAACCUGAGACUCCAAGCGGCUGAAAUGGAAGAAGCUCAGCAGAAGGAAUUGGAGCAGAAAGUUGCCCAACUUCAGGCCCAAGUUCUUGAGGCCUCUAGCCUUUCUUCAAAGAGAGAAUCUGAGCUUCAUUCUUUACAAAAUGAAGUGAAAGAAAAAGACAACCUGAGACUCCAGGUGGCUGAAAUGGAAGAAUCUCAGCGGAAGGAAUUGGAGCAGAAAGUUGCCCAACUUCAGGCCCAAGUUCUUGAGGCCACUACCCUUGCUUCCAAGAGAGAAUCUGAGCUUCAUUCCCUACAAAAUGAAGUGAGAGAAAAAGACAACCUGAGACUCCAAGCGGCUGAAAUGGAAGAAGCUCAGCUGAGGGCAUUGGAGCAGAAGGUUGCCCAACUUCAGGCCCAAGUUCUUGAGGCCUCUAGCCUUGCUUCCAAGAGAGAAUCUGAGCUUCUUUUCCUACAAAAUGAGGUGAAAGAAAAGGACAACCUGAGAAUCCAAGCGGCUGAAAUGGAAGAAUCUCAGCGGAAGGAAUUGGAGCAGAAGGUUGCCCAACUUCAGGCCCAAGUUCUUGAGGCCUCUACCCUUGCUUCCAAGAGAGAAUCUGAGCUUCAUUCCCUACAAAAUGAGGUGGAAGAAAAGGACAACCUGAGACUCCAAGCGGCUGAAAUGGAAGGUUCUCAGCAGAAGGCAUUGGAGCAGAAGGUUGCCCAACUUCAGGCCCAACGGAAGGAAUUGGAGCAGAAAGUUGCCCAACUUCAGGCCCAAGUUCUUAAGGCCACUACCCUUGCUUCCAGGAGAGAAUCUGAGCUUCAUUCCCUACAAAAUGAAGUGAGAGAAAAAGACAACCUGAGACUCCAAGCGGCUGAAAUGGAAGAAGCUCAGCGGAGGGCAUUGGAGCAGAAGGUUGCCCAACUUCAGGCCCAAGUUCUUGAGGCCUCUAGCUUUGCUUCCAAGAGAGAAUCUGAGCUUCGUUCCCUACAAAAUGAGGUGGAAGAAAAGGACAACCUGAGAAUCCAAGCGGCUGAAAUGGAAGGUUCUCAGCAGAAGGCAUUGGAGCAGAAAGUUGCCCAACUUCAGGCCCAAGUUCUUGAGGCCUCUAGCCUUUCUUCCAAGAGAGAAUCUGAGCUUCUUUUCCUACAAAAUGAAGUGAAAGAAAAGGACAACCUGAGAAUCCAAGCGGCUGAAAUGGAAGAAUCUCAGCGGAAGGAAUUGGAGCAGAAGGUUGCCCAACUUCAGGCCCAAGUUCUUGAGGCCUCUAGCCUUGCUUCCAAGAGAGAAUCUGAGCUUCAUUCCCUACAAAAUGAGGUGGAAGAAAAGAAUAACCUGAGACUUCAAGUGGCUGAAAUGGAAGAAUCUCAGCGGAAGCAGAUGGAGCAGAAAGUUGCCCAACUUCAGACUCAGACAGAGGCCUUGGAGAACCAGCUCCAGCGUGCCAGAGAGGAGCUCUCCAAACUCCGCCCUUUCAAGGAAGCAAAGGCAGAAAUGUUGCAGGUCAACUGCGAUCUUCAGGAGCAACUGACAGCUAAAUCUGAAGCAUUGGAUCACUACAAAGCACAGGUGGAGAAGGCAAAAAAUCACUACAAUGGGAAGAAGCAGCAGCUAUUAGAGAUGAGUGAGAAGGCCCAGGCAUUGGGGACAGCUCUCGAGAAUAGUGAGCAGGAGGUGAAGACCCUGAAGGCGGAGAAGAAGCGUCUCCUGAUGGAACUGGAGCAGGCCAAGAACUUGGAAAAGAACCUGACCUUGAAGGUCAAUAGCCUGCAGGCUCAGGUGGACUAUGCUGACCGGCAGUUACGGGAACAGACAAAGGAGGGAAGAUGUGAUACCUUGAAGACUACCACCAGGGAGUGCAAGAAUCAGACAGUUGCUGAAAAACAGCAGGACAUCAGCGGAGACAGCCUUGACCUCAGCCUAGACGACUCUCUUAAUGCCACCAGGAGACCAUCAGGCAGAGAGGACUCGAGCACCCCGGUGGUGCGCAGCUCAGAGCGUUUGCAGGCCAAGCGGCGGGCGAGGGGUGGAGAGUCUCUUGAAACGCUCUACUUCACUCCCAUGAGCAGCCGCGAGGGUGCACCUUGCAAGCUGGAGAGCAGCAUCACCUCAAUGGGAGAGCUCACUCUCGACUCUGCCAAGAAGGGCCACUCUGCCCGCCGCCGCACAACCCAAGUCAUCAACAUCACCAUGACCAAGAAGACCCCAGGUAGUUCAGAAGCAGACCCAGAGGACAGCUCUUUCUACAGCUUGCACUCUGCACAGUCCUUCCCCAACCUUGCUUCCCAAAGGGGUCGUCCCAUCUCCAUGGACUUCUCCGAAGAGAACAACAGUAAUGACCAGCUCCUGCUCUUGCCCGGCUACCGCCGCAGUACCGCGCACAGCAUCGCCCCAACCCGAAGCACCAGCACUUUUGGGGUGGACACUGAGAAUGAGCCAGAGAAUACGGAUGACUGGAUGCGCAUUGCAGAGCUGCAAACCAGAAACAAGGCCUGUCCGCCCCACCUGAAGAGCAGCUACCCGAUAGAAUCGAGGCCCAGUCUUGGGUACCCCUCAUUCACCAUCACCGAUGACGACCUUAGAACGGGUGACCCGAACGAGACCAUUCGCCGGAUCUCCAUGCUUCCGGGUCAGAUCCGUGAAAGCUCACAGUUCCACCGGCUGUCCAUGCUUCCGGGUCAGAUCAGUUCUGGCGUGGCCUCACAAAGUGCUGUCCUGCGUCCAAAGCAGUCUGCCAGCAAUGUGCAGAAUACUGGGGGCGCCACCCUCCCUCUGAAGCGCAGCAGCAGUGACCUGCCGGGGCCCGACACACCUGAGGCUAAGAAGAUUUCAAGCUGCUUCCCCCGUCCCAUGACUCCUAAAGGCAGGAGCGAUCGUCGCUUUGUCUCUCAUAACAGUCAGAACAUACCUCCCAAUAUUCCGCCCGAGCGCAGGCAGUCCAUGAUGUUCAGUAUUGAGAACACCCCCAAGAAAAAUGGCAAGAGCAGUUUACUGCAGAAGGGCAUCAACAAGAUGAGGGGCAGCACUCGCAAGUCCCCUGCCUCAACCAGCAAGGUCCCUGGCUCUAGGAAGUCCCCCCGGGGUGGCAAGUCCCCCUACGGGGAGAAGCCUCAACGCAGGUCCCCCAGAGUCAACAGCAGCAAGUCACCGAAAAUUGUCUCCAGUGCCAAAAAGAUGAUGGCCUAUAGAGGUCGGAUGAAGGUGUGA